UCUGGUUGUUGGGUCAAAUUUGUGUCAAACUGUCAAUGUGAUUUUUUUCUGGGUGCCCCUCGCUCUACGAUGGCUUUGGCACAAUAAUUAAUAUUUUUCUGGGAAUCUUCAUGUUUCAUAGUCGUGAUGUUGAGUUUCUACUACUGAAACUUGAUUUUCACAAGUCCGAAUUCAGGAUUACGUAUAUUCUUAUCUUACCCCUCUUGGACGGGUACAUGUUUUCUCCGCAAUAAUUAUUCUAGCCAACCGCGUUUCAUCAAUCCGCUGUUCAAGCUUUGGUAAUCAUGUUUUUUGUUUCUCAAGUUGCAAGUUGUGGGAAUCAAUUUUUCAGCUUUCCUGUGAGUCUGUGACUAAAAUUCUGUCUUUACGGCAUAGUGGGCAGUUCACUGGUCAAUCGACAGAAUAGUCAGGCACCCUUCUAUUUUCCAUUCAGGGUAGAACUCGAUCCUCUGUCCUAUCCUCUGUAUGCCUCUUCUUCGAAAAUUAUCUGGGUACAAGUAAAAUGUACUGCUGACCCCGGUUUAAUUGUCACUUUAGCUCAGGGAGCAAAUUUGUGUUAUUGGGUUGGUUUGAUACCAUCCAACAAUGAAAUAUUUGGUGGCUUUGCCAGUUUUUAUCUUUGUAUGGGUAGUUCUUUAUGAUUCUGCGUAUUGCCAGAGACCUGCUGUUGUGAACAUUGGUGCAAUUUUCACCUUUGAUUCAGUCAUUGGCAGAGCUGCAAAGUUAACCAUGGAACUUGCGGUCUCCGACGUUAAUGCUGACCCAGUUAUUCUCAACGGGACUAAGUUGAAGUUGACCAGGAAAGACGCCAGUUGCAGUGUCUUCCAGGGUUCCGUUGAAGCUUUUCAACUGGUUGAGGAAGAGGUGGUGACCAUCAUUGGUCCACAGUCCUCCUCAAUAGCUCAUAUGAUAUCUGAAGUUGCCAAUGGUCUCAAGGUACCUAUGAUUUCAUAUGCUGCUACUGAUCCAACUUUAUCUUCUCAGCAAUUCCCUUACUUUAUCCGAAGCACUCAAAGUGACUACUUCCAAAUGGCUGCAAUAGCAGAUCUUGUUGAUUUUUAUGGGUGGAAAAAAGUUAUUUCCAUCUAUUUAGAUGAUGAUUAUGGGAGGAAUGGCAUAGCUGCUUUAGAUGAUGCAUUGGAGAAGAUGGCUAAAAUUUCAUACAAAUUGCCUUUACAUAUUCAGUUUGAUCAGAAUGACAUCAUAGAUUUACUCCAUAAAUCCAAGCUGUUUGGUCCUCGAGUUUAUGUUGUUCAUGUUAAUCCUGACCCCAGAUUGAGAAUCUUUGCUAUGGCCCAAAAACUUAAUAUGAUGACCAGCAACUAUGUUUGGCUUGCAACAGAUUGGUUUUCUGCCACUUUAGAUUCAUUCUCUCCACUGAAUGGAACCACACUUAGUAAUCUCGAAGGGGUAGUAGGGCUUCGUCAACAUACUCUAGAGUCCACCCAUAAGAAGGCCUUUCUAUCACGGUGGAGAGCUAUGGAGCAGAAAGGCUUGGUAAGUUCUGGGUUGAAUACAUAUGGACUGUAUGCUUAUGAUACAGUCUGGGCAGUUGCGCGUGCCAUUGAUAAGUUCUUAGAUGAAAAAAACAUCACCUUUUCUGUCAACAAGGACUUACUUGAUAUCAAAGCUACUGGGCUACAUCUUGAUGAGCUCAAAGUAUUUGAUGGGGGGCCUCUUCUACUCAGGAACUUGUUGCAGACAAACUUCACUGGUUUAACAGGUCAAUUUAAGUUCAAUCAAGAACGGAACAUUGUUAAUUAUGGUUAUGAGAUCAUAAAUAUUGACAAGAUGGAAAUUGAAAGAGUUGGAUUCUGGCAUAAUGAUUUUGGUUUAUCAAUUUUACCCCCUGAAAGUCUUAUUGCACAAAAGAAAAAUCAAUCCCAAUUGCAUCAAAAGCUUCAGAAAGUUACUUGGCCUGGUGGAAAGACUGAAAAGCCGCGAGGUUGGGUGAUUACUGAUGAGGAAAGACCUUUGAGAAUUGGAGUGCCAAGAAGAGCUAGUUUUGUUGAUUUUGUUACAGAAGAACACACUAGCCAUCAAAUCCGAGGUUACUGCAUCGACAUAUUCCUUGAAGCAAGGAAAUUAGUCCCAUAUAAUGUGCCUUACAUAUUUGUGCCUCAUGGGGAUGGGCUAUCCAAUCCCAGUUAUGAUAAGCUUGUGCAAAUGGUAGCAAACAAUGUGUUUGAUGUAGCUGUUGGGGACAUUUCUAUUGUGACAAAUCGAACGAGAAUUGUGGAUUUUUCUCAGCCUUAUGUUUCUACUGGUCUUGUCAUUGUGGCUCCAAUUAACAAUAUAAAGUCUAGCACUUGGGUGUUUCUAAAACCAUUUACAGUUGAGAUGUGGUGUGUCACUGCAGCUGCUUUUGUGAUGAUUGCUGUGGUUGUUUGGAUUCUUGAGCAUCGAGUCAAUGAUGAUUUUCGUGGUCCUCCUAGAAGGCAAAUUGUCACAAUGUUUAUGUUCAGUUUCUCAACACUAUUUAAGACGAACCAAGAAGCUACUGUAAGUCCACUGGGACGGAUGGUAAUGGUGGUAUGGCUUUUCUUAUUGAUGGUGAUAACUUCAAGUUACACAGCAAGCUUGAGUUCGAUCCUGACAGUUCAGCAACUUUCAACCCCCAUCAAGGGAAUUGACAGCUUAAUUUCCAAUGAUUGGCCCAUUGGGUACCAAGUGGGUUCAUUUGCUUAUAACUAUCUGUCAGAAAGUCUUCACAUACCAAGGUCAAGACUCAUCUCUCUGGGCUCUCCAGAAGCUUACGAAACUGCUCUCAGGCAAGGUCCAAAUAAUGGUGGGGUAGCAGCUAUAGUGGAUGAGGUUCCAUAUGUGGAGUUGUUUCUGAAACGGCAAACUGAUUUUGGGAUUAUUGGGCAACCUUUUACCAAAAGUGGAUGGGGAUUUGCCUUUCAAAGAGGUUCUCCUCUUGCUGUGGAUAUUUCUACUGCAAUUUUAAAGCUUUCCGAGAAUGGAGAGCUUCAGAGGAUUCAUGAGAGAUGGUUUUGUAAACAGGGUUGCCCAGAAGGAAGGAGACAAAACUCAGAGCCUCACCAGCUCCACUUGAAAAGCUUCUGGGGUCUUUACAUUUUAUGUGUCAUCAUCACCCUCAGUGCUCUUCUUGUGUUUCUGCAAAGAGUGAUUCGACAGUUUGUGCGUUACAAGAAACAGCAGAAGCUCUCUUCUUCUUCUUCUUCUUCAUCUUCAACCUCAACUUCAUCAAGUGUGAGUUGUUCUCAGCUAAUUUUCAACUUUUUUGACUUCAUUGAUGAGAAGGAAGAAGCUAUCAAAAAAAUGUUCACUCAUUGCGAGAAUCCUCCAACCCAUGUCAACUCAACAAACCAACAAGAAGCUGCAUCCAUUUGAAGUGAAUUUGAAUCCAAAUACUUAGAAUUAAGACUUGUGUAGUAUUCUUAUUGGCUACUGAUUGGAACUCAUGAAGCAUAUCAAAUUGUAAAUAACAGUUCUGCUGAUGAAUAUUUGUAAAAUUAAAUUUGAACAUA